UCAUUGAUAUCGUAUUGGCAUGAUACUGAUAAGAUAACUUAUAGAUGUGGCUUCAGUUGUCCGUGGACCCUGGUGUUUACAGAUUGUAUAAUAUGCUUCCCGUAUAAUGCUGUAGUGUAUAAUGGUGGUCAACAAAACUGUAUAAUGAGGGAGUGCGGUGUACCAGUGUAUAAUUUUUACGGACGCCUCCGUGACUGUUUGCGUUCCUGUUUUCUUCUAAUAUGUUGGUGGCAUUCCAACAAAGUAUCCGCGGCAUCGCCGACGCGGCAGAUCGAGGUGGGCGCGGCGCAGGCGGCGGGCUCCAAGCGUCGCAAGCACAACAAGAUCAAGACCUCCAAGUACACGCUCCUCAUGUUCAUCCCCAAGAAUCUCGCCGAGCAGUUCCGGAGGGUCGUCAACUUCUACUUCCUCAUCGUCACUAUCAUUGCUAUUGUUAUUGAUAGUCCCGUGUCUCCAUUUACGAGCAUCGCGCCGCUAAGCUUCAUGGUGCUGGUGACGGCGGUGAAGCAGGGCUACGAGGACUGGCUGCGCCACAAGGCGGACAACAGAGUCAACAACCAGAUUGUGGAAAUCGUCUACAAAGGUGUCAUCAAAGAAGUGAAGAACUCUUCAAUAGCGCCUGGAACUCUUGUCAGAGUAAAACGUGGAAGAGAAGUGCCCGCUGACUUGGUGUUGCUGUGCGCUGCGGGUGAGAAGGGGAAAUGCUUCAUCACCACGGCCAACUUAGAUGGCGAGACCAACCUGAAGACCCUAAGAGUUCCCCCAUCGUUAAUAGGAUAUACAGCAGAUAUAAUACCCCACGGCAUGCGUAUCGAGGUCCCAGAUCCGGUCGCAGAUCUGUACACAUUUUACGGACGUCUGGAAAUCCCUGGCAUGGACAGUCUGGCUUUGUCGACAGACAAUAUCAUGCUGAGGGGAUCACGGGUUAAGAAUACUGAGUGGGCAAUCGGAUGUGCUGUGUAUACGGGAGAGGAAACUAAACUGGCUCUCAACUCAAAGUAUUCAGGCAACAAAUUCUCAUCAAGUGAAGCCGUUGUCAAUAAUUACCUAAUGUUCUUCAUUUAUCUCCUCAUCCUGGAAAUGACAGGCUCUUACACUGCGAAAAUGAUAUUAGAACAUUGGUAUCCCAAACAUGAAUCAUAUUUAGGAGACAGACCAGAGGACACUUUCAAAAUUAAAAAUAUUUUACAGGACUUAUUCUCGUUCCUGCUUCUUUACUAUUACAUCAUUCCUAUGUCGUUGUACGUCACUAUUGAAUUGUACAAGUUUAUUGGCGCUUUCUUCAUCGGAUGGGAUGAAGAUUUACGCUGCGGGGAAACUGGAAGACCAGCUAUAGCCAACACGUCAGAUCUAAACGAAGAGUUGGGUCAGGUGGAGGUUCUAUUUUCUGACAAGACUGGAACCCUUACAAAGAACCUCAUGGUAUUCAAAGCAUGCUCUAUUAGAGGACAAAUCUAUGAAGAGAGGGAUUCCAAACUUUAUGAUUUAGAAAGGUUCGAUGAACCGGUAGAUAUUUUUCAGACAGACAUCAGAUUUUUCUUUACAAUCCUCGCUUUGUGCCACUCAGUGCAAGUUUCCAGUGAAGAUAUGAAAAAGCUUAGCGCUCGUUUCUCAGCGAGUGACGGCUUACAACUAAUCAAUCUCUUCCGUCGGAAGAAACAAUCUAAAGGAAGCGGAAACAAUGUUGUGGAGACGAAUGAAAACAGUGUCGCAGAGAAUGUGACUUGGAGUUCAAUAAUGAGCGAGAUCGGAAGUAAAAUGGAUUAUCAAGGAAGCAGUCCAGAUGAGAAGGCACUCGUCGAAGCGGCAGACAGGAAUGGAGUUACAUUUUUAGGCGAAGAAGGCAACAAUUUAAUACUCAAAAUUGGUGGUAACACAGAAAUGUAUGAAAGAUUGCAGGUGAUAGAGUUCACUUCUGAAAGGAAACGAAUGUCCGUUAUCGUGAGAGAUAAGGAUGGGAAGAUAUGGUUGUUCUGCAAGGGAGCUGAGACAUCGGUGUUUUCAAUUUGCAAAGACACGGUGUAUAUAGAGGAAACAGACAGGGAUAUUAACACAUUCGCAAACAAAGGGUUGAGAACUCUAGCAGUUGCUUAUAGAGAAAUACCAGAAGAAGAAUAUGAACGAGUAUCUCAACUGAUAAAAAGGAUAGAUGGUAGUAGUGCAGAAGCGUUCAAGCAAGUAACACAGCAAUAUAGGGUGUUGGAAAAGGAGCUAACACUGCUCGGAGCGACGGCCGUCGAGGAUUGUCUCCAGGACGGUGUGGCGGACACCCUCGCUUCACUACGAAGAGCUGGAAUACAUACGUGGGUGCUUACCGGGGACAAGGUGGAAACAGCCAUCAACGUAUCACAAUCAUGCUCGCAUAUAUCAGAAAACGACAGGCGGUUGUACUUAGUCGGCAUCCAAAACGAGGAAGCCUUACAAUCCCACCUAGAUUUAUGCAAGCGCACCCUACAGGAGCCUGGCUACAGAGAUCUGACGCUGAUAGUGGACGGGACGAGCAUGAGCCAUGUACUGGAUACACCGGCUGCGGAUACGUUCGUCGAAAUAGCGAUGAAGUGCCAUGCUGUGCUGUGCUGUCGACUCUCACCGAUACAGAAAGCUAAAAUAGUGAAAUUAAUAAAAAACAGUCCCGAUCGUCCAAUAACUGCCGCGAUUGGAGACGGGGCGAACGACAUAUCAAUGAUACAGGAAGCUCAUGUUGGCUUCGGCAUCUUUGGCAAAGAAGGUCAUCAAGCUGCGAGAUCAGCAGAUUUUGCGUUCACGAAGUUCUCGAUGAUCAAAAAGGUGUUGCUAGUGUUGGGCCACUGGUACUACCAGCGGCUGGCCACACUUAUACACUUCUUCUUCUACAAGAAUCUAAUCCUUGGUAAUAUUAUGUUUAUUUUUCAAACGAACUCAAUGUUCUCCACUCAGUCGAUAUUCGACUCGAUGUAUCUCACUUUCUACAACCUGUUCUUCACCUCCGUCCCCUGCUUGAUACUCGCAGUGACCGACCAGAGGUGGCCGGCCAAUCUUCUUUUGAAAAACCCAACGUUGUAUAGACAAAUAAGGAAAAACAAACUUCUGGGUUGGCAGUACUUUGUGGCUUGGUUCUUCACAGCUCUCUAUCACUCUCUCAUCAUUUACUAUUUCUCGUUGAUUAUAUUUGAACCAUCCGUUAUCAACGUGGAUGGCCAGAAUGUAGACUUGUGGUCUUUCGGUGCAGUGCUGUUCCACUUGAUGCUACUGGUGGCGACUCUGAAGCUGUGGCUGCAGGCGAGCUACCACACGCUCGUCUUCGUGGCCACCAGUGUACUCUCGUUCUUGGUUUACAUGGCUUUCAACUCUCUCUACUCUUGGUUUUAUUUCCCAAUCGACGGUGACGUCCUAGGGACAUACAUAAGACUCCUGCAUUCGCCGGCGUUCGGUUUCCUGAACGUCCUGAUUAUAAUUGCGACUCUCAUGCCAGAUUUCUGCAUUCGGAUUAUUUCCGCCAAAUGGGGAGCAAGACAUAUCAUCCCUGAAAACUUGAUUCCUACAGUUUUUAUGACUAGAAUGUGAAAGUUCAUCAUAAAAAUAUAUUAUAGAAUACCUAGGUACCAAGAAUUGAAAUGAUUAUAGCUAAUAGAAGGUAGGUACCUACGUGAAAUAAAUGAACGGUUGGUCACCGGUUGGUAGCCCUAGCGUGAACAACAUCGAAACAUAUUUUUUAAUUAAAUAGGAUAAUAUUAUGACCAAUCUAAAAAAAUAUUUCAUCGCUGCAUCAGCGUUGAAUUGAAUAGAUACAGAAUAAAGGUACCUGUUAAUUAAGUACCUUGUUACCUACUAAAUAACAGAAUGUAUCUACGUAAAUAAUGAAAUGGGUAGGCUACUUUUAUUCUAAAGCAUAGAAAGAAAAACUUAAUUAUUUAUUAGAUUAAGUUUACGUAAAGACCUAACUACGAUUAGUAUUAUUAUUGCGAAAUAAAAAAUUAUGAGCGGACCAAAAUGAAAACAAAACAUGGUAAAAUAAUAUUGUGAUGUACCUACUUAGCUAUAGUUAGGUAACUACUUUUAUUUAUAUUAAAAAUUAAUUUGUACUUUAAUUGUAUCUAGUCAUGUAAGAAGUUAAGCAGAAUUAAGUAAGUACAAUAAUAUUUAUUAUUACAAAUAGUACAAUAUAUUACAAUAUUAUGUACCUAUUACAAUAGUACAAUAAUGUUUAUUAUUGUUACCUAUUCACAGAUUGGUUGUUCGCUACGGUUGUCGAGCGUAGCGAACGAUCAAUCAUUUAACUACCUAGUUAGUACGUUAAUAUUAUUCGUCAUAGUUUGACUGGAUAAAAAUGUGACCAUUGGGUAUUAAGUACCCAGUAGGUAGAUUAAUAAUUUUUAGGUAAAGUUAAAAAAAUACAGGUUGAUUGUUGUGAUUUGUAUCUAUAAUAGAUAGGUAAUCGUAUGACGUGGUGCCUAAUCAUAGGUCUAUUAAAUGAAAAUGUGAUUUAAAAUAAAUUUUACAUUAAAUUUAA